GAAUGUCGUUGCACCUCAAGAACCUCAAGAACACCUCUGCUCACCCCAAGCUCACUCACAAGCACUAUGCUGUCUCCCAUUUUCCGUCUCAUUCCUUACCUUCUUCCUUCGCCCGCCACCCGGGGCUCGGCGGGCAAGAAAGCCUGCCGCGGCCACCAGAGUUUCCGGCUCGGGGACCAACAUUCCUUUGCGCGGAAGCAAAAGCUCCUGUCCACCCGCACUCGGUCUUCGGGCGUGUCCGCUGCGCGCUCGAGCGCGUCAUCCCUCGACAGCCAUGCCACCCAGGAGGUGGCCGCGCCAACUUCAGCCGUUGCUCCUACUGCCGCUCCUGCCGCUCCUACCCCCUCCCCUGCGCCCGCGCCCGCGCCCGUCGUCCCAACCCCGCUGACACCGGCCCAAUCUGCUCAAGCUGAGCGUGCCCGACAUGUCUUCCUGCUGUCGGAGCUCGGGCGGCUGCAGAUGAUGCAGUUCAAGGAGCGCGCCUUCCAUCCGGUCCCUCUCGCCAUGAGCUCCUUCGCCUUGAAGCCCCAAUCUUCAAGGCGGAGCAAGCCGAGCCCUUUCUUCCACAAACCCUCGUCGCUUCCGCGCAAGUGGUCAAUAGCUGCGC